AUGUUAUUGACUGCAAAGAUACUUGUUUUUGCCGUGAAUGGUUUCCUAAGAGUGGCAACAGCCUUGGACAUUGGAUUAUCCACAAAAUGCGUGGUGAUACCCAAGGAGAUGGGCAUGUGCCACAUGAUUGGAUACACUGAAAUGAGACUUCCCAACUUGAUGGGACACACAAGCAUGGCAGAAGUCAUCCUAAAAUCCAGCACCUGGCAGCACCUCGUACAGACAGACUGUCACCCCCACGUGAGGACGUUCCUGUGCUCCCUGUUUGCACCCAUCUGUUUAGAUACGUUCAUCCAUCCCUGCCGGAGCAUGUGUGCCGCUGUCCGCGCCAGCUGCGCCCCCGUGCUCCUGUGCCACGGGCAGCCCUGGCCGGCCAGCCUGGACUGCGACCGCUUCCCUGGCGACGAGGACACGUGCCUGGCACCUCUCACCAAGGACUAUAACUACCUGCACAAAGUCCUACCAAAGCCUACCUGCCAGACUUGCCCAGCAGUGGAGGAAUUCUUUACACACAAAAGAGUUCUUGAAGUUUUCUGUGACAGUAACUUUGCAGUGAAAGUAAAGCUGUCCAAGAAGAGAACAGCAUUUGAGGACCAAGAGUAUAACAUUGAAUGCCAGGUGGAAUUCAUUACCCAGGGCUCACUGUUGCCCUACGAAACCCAGAGUAUGAUACAACAGUGGCUGCUAAUUAAUGAAAAAUGUAUAGAGAGGAUGACUCCAACCCACCGUCCCAUGGUGUAUCUCCUUGUGGGGAACAUUGAAGAGGGCAUCAUUUUAGUAAAACAGGUUUAUCGCUGGCAGAGGAAGGACUCCCAGCUGACUUUGGCCACUCAGAAGUGGAGACACCAUAAAUGCUUGUAA